CCUGCCCGGUUUUGGGGGCGAUGAGCCUAGUGGCGGUGUAGUUGCGGUACAUGCCUUCUAGCCAAAGCGUUUUACUUCAAAUCUGACAGCGUGCUUACCUUCUCCAGUAUCGAUCUUCUAUCACACACGUGAGACCUUUAUUCUGCUGACGAAAGAUGCCGAGUCAUGGCAAGCGUUUGGCAAGGGAAGCGAACCGGGCGAAACCCGCAUCUUGGAGGAUGACACGCCAUGCCCCGCAGGUGCGGACAUUCGAGAUGCGAAGAAUGGGUACGGCGGCCGAUUCGGCAGGCAAAAAGUUGGUCGCGGCACAGAGCCAGUACGAGAGGGGAGAGAAGACCGGAAGGUCGAACCGUCCUCUCGGAACCGAGUCUACACCGGCUCCAAGAUGUCGUUCGAGAUCCGAAACCCUGUCCAUGUUCCGUCAAACCAAGGCCUCUGGGAUAGACCAUGGAGAACGCUCCGUUCGACGGAAAUGAACGAGGGGCGGGCGAACCUAUGUAUGUGUUCAUACGUACAGGGGCGGAGCGUUCAUUGGUAUGUCCGUCGAAGAAGUGCCACUCAGUUUUUGUUCAGGGAUAAGAAGUGUAGCAAGGCCGAGUAAGACGAUGCAUAAACCGCUAAUCUAGUUCAUGGGGGCCAUUGCAAGGAGGUCGACAAAUGAACAACUGAGAAAUAUAGAAAGCGACGUUACAACCCGGACAAGCAGCCAAUUGUGGGAGCAACAGGUCUCAGACGAGACGACUGCGCGCUUAUGCAACCUCGAAAAGCGUCUAGACUGAGCCGCGUAUGAUCCACCAGGCGGGAGGCGCGCGGCCCUUCCGUGACAGGCGGGUCGGGCGGUUGUAACUAGCUGUUUAGUGUGGAAGUCCGAGGGCUGAACCGGCGGGGCUCUUUCAGAUAUGGCUGUUAACAUAGAAGUUGCCUGAUCCCAACCG